AUGCUUUGGACUCGCUCAUUCUCCUCUAGCAGUACUUGCUCGAAGUCUGCUUGCUCUAUCAUCAAACCAGUGCACCAUCUGGUGAAGAUCGACAAAACCAAGCUUUCACCAAGAUUUCCGGAACUAAAAUAUGAGAAGAAUGAUAUAAGAUCUCCAGCCUUCAGGCCAACCGCUACCCAUCAAGAUAGGGUGCGUGAUCAUUACAACAACACUAUCCAGUCUGAUAUGUUGUUAAUAAGCUAUAAGCAUGAUGCACAGGUCAAAAAAGGUCUGAAAAACAGAGAGUGGGAUGGCUCAAGUCCCUAUCACCUCAAUAGACAGCCAAGAAAGCCAAAGGGAUCAGAUGCUCAACUACCAGAUAUUAAGCCGGUUAAAUGGCAUAAUAUUCCUGAAAUUGAAUCUAUUAACAUCAAUUGCUAUGUCAAGGAAGCCAAGGAAAACCAACUACUUGCAAUUACUGCUGCAUUGCAAUUGCAACAGAUUACCGGCUGCAAACCAAGGCCGAUUUUCGCGAAGACUGAUGUGCCUACGUGGAAGGUUAGAAGAGGCACGCAUAUGGGCGCUAAAGUUGAGCUUAAAGGUCGUCCAAUGUCACAGUUCUUAACGACAUUGACUGAAAUAGUUCUGCCAAGAAUCAGAGAGUACAAAGGUAUCAAGAAUAAGUCAGGUAAUCGUUUUGGUGGAAUUUCAUUUGGUUUAACUCCAGACGAUGUCAAGUUUUUUCCCGAGAUUGAUGCUAGUCAGGAUUUGUGGCCCAAAACCUUCGGGAUGCAUAUCAACAUCAAUACAACAGCACAAACCGAUGUUAACGCGAGAACUUUGGUCAGCGGAUUUGCCUUUCCGUUCUUUGGCCCAGAAAAGGUCAAAUGA